AUGGAACAGCUCAAGCCAAGCGCCGCUAACUCUUUCCCCCUGGACAGAGCAGCAACCGUCUACGGCGACACUCCUUCAGUCAUCUACAACCAAACCACCUUCACCUGGUCCCACACGCGCCGCCGAUGCCUCCAGCUCGCCUCCGCCCUCACCUCCCUCGGCAUCCGCCGCGGCCACGUCGUCUCCGUCGUCGCCCCCAACAUCCCCGCCAUGUACGAGCUCCAUUUCGCCGUCCCCUUCGCCGGCGCCGUCCUCAACAACAUCAACACCCGCCUCGACGCCCGCACUGUCUCCGUCAUCCUCCGUCACGCGAGUUCCACCCUAGUCUUCGUGGACUGCGCCUCACGCGAUCUGGUCCUCCAAGCCCUAUCCCUCUUCCCUGAAAACAGUCAACGCCCAAUCCUUAUUCUCAUCACCGACGACACAGUGGAGAAAACCUCACCCAGCGUUGAUUUCAUGGACACGUACGAGGGCCUCGUCAGCAAGGGCGAUCCAAGCUUCGAGUGGGUCCGGCCCAACAACGAGUGGGACCCCAUGAUACUCAAUUACACCUCCGGAACGACGUCGUCUCCCAAAGGCGUGGUCCACUGCCACAGGGGAAUCUUCAUCGUCACCCUCGAUUCACUUAUUGAUUGGGCGGUGCCCAAGAACCCAAUUUUUCUCUGGACGCUUCCACUGUUCCACGCUAACGGCUGGAGCUUCCCGUGGGGGAUCGCAGCCGUGGGCGGCACCAAUAUAUGUGUCCGCAAGUUCGACGCCGAGAUUGUUUACUCUCUCAUAAAACGCCAUCACGUGACUCACAUGUGCGGCGCUCCCGUCGUGCUCAACAUGCUAACCAACUCCCCCGACAACAAACCGUUGGAGAACCCGGUGCAGAUUCUCACCGCCGGAUCGCCGCCGCCUGCGCCGGUGCUCUUCCGGACUGAGGCGCUGGGCUUCGUGGUGAGCCACGGCUACGGUUUGACGGAAACCGCGGGGUUGGUGGUGUCGUGCGCGUGGAAGGAGAAGUGGAACCGGGUUCCGGCGACGGAGAGGGCGCGGCUGAAGUCGCGGCAGGGGGUGAGGACGGUGGGGAUGGCGGAGGUGAAGGUGGUGGGUCCGACGGGGGAGAGCGUGAAGCGCGAUGGGGUCAGCGUAGGGGAGAUUGUGAUGAGAGGAGGGUGUAUCAUGUUGGGGUACCUUAAAGACCCCGAAGGAACCGCGAGUUGUUUGAAGAAUGGUUGGUUCUACACGGGUGAUGUUGGUGUCAUGCAUGAGGAUGGGUACUUGGAAAUUAAGGAUAGGUCAAAGGAUGUUAUUAUCAGUGGUGGUGAGAAUUUGAGCAGCGUUGAGGUGGAGUCCGUGCUGUAUGGCCAUCCGGCGGUGAAUGAGGCGGCGGUGGUGGCGAGACCGGAUGAGUAUUGGGGUGAGACACCUUGUGCUUUUGUGAACUUGAAGACUGGGUUGAAGAAGAAACCUACGGAAAACGACAUAAUUCAAUAUUGCAGGGAGAAUAUGCCACGUUAUAUGGUUCCAAAGACGGUGAUUUUCAGGGAUGAGCUUCCCAAGACUUCUACGGGUAAGAUCCAGAAGUUUUUACUCAGACAAAUUGCCAAGGACAUGGAUCCCAUUCAAAGUAGAAUGUGAAAGCCCAUUUUCAUGAUUAGCUAUUUUUCCAUACACAGGCUUUGCAUCAAAUUCCUAUUCUAGUAUGUCCAUACAUCUGUUUCUCAUUUUGUAUUUUCACUCCCUUAUUGUGUGUUUGUUAGAGAGAGGAAAGACUCAUGUGACAAUAAAGUUAUGGGAGAAAUAAAAAUUGAGUGGAAAUAAAAUAAAUAAUUUAGUUACUUA